AUGGAAACGAAACAGGAGAAGGAUAAUCACGACCGCGAGAGCAUUGCCCACGGCAGUAUUCUUGGCGCCGACAUCGACGAUGCCGUUCUUAGGGCCAAUGGCCAUGCUUCUGAUUUGAAACGUCAAUUCAACUGGCUGUCAGCCCUGGGGCUGGGAUUCUCCAUCACCAACUCGUGGGUUGGAUACCUGAGCAACUUCGGCCAGAGCCUCAUCUAUGGCGGACCGCAAGUCUGUAUCCUGGGACUGGUUGUCGCCUUUGUGGUCCAAUUCAUCAUCACCCUUGGCCUGGCCGAGAUUGCCUCUGCCUUUCCUUCAACGGGCGGACAGUAUCAUUUCUGCUAUAUCCUGACUCCGGAAAAGUCGAAGCGAUUCACUGCUUUUGUCGUUGGUUGGAUGUCUACUUUGGCGUGGUGGAUCGUCACCUGCUCUGGCAUCUCCCUCGCCGCGGCAACUCUCUCUGGGAUGAUUAGCUUCUUCGAACCCGACUUUGUUGUUCAGCGAUGGCAGAUCUACCUGCUCUACGUUGCGGUUGCUUUGAUCACAGCGGUACCCGUUUUUGUGGCCUCAAAUCGACUCGCAAUUGUGGUCCAGACCUCGCUUUUCCUCUCCUUGGUAGGAAUGGCUCUCACGCUAUUUGUGACCACUGGGAUGCACGACCAUACAAACAAGGGAUCUUUCCUGGUUCAGUCCGGUUUGGGUACAAGCGGUUGGAAUUCAGGUACAGGUUGGAUGCUGGGAAUUGCCAACUGCAUGUAUGCGUUCGGAGCAACCGAUGGAGCUAUUCACAUCAGCGAGGAGAUGUCGCAGCCGGGUCGCCGAGUCCCCCAGAUUAUCAUCAUGACAAUGAUGAUUGGCCUAAUCACUACUCUUCCUCUAUUUAUCGCCCUCAUGUACUUCAUGACGGAUCUCGAAGCAGUGACUUCGUCUCCCCUUCCCAGUAUGGAGUUGAUUUACCAGGCUACUGGGAACAGAAAUGUUACGAUUUUCCUGGUCUCUUGGAUUUUGGCCGUAUACGUCAUGGCUCUUCCAUCCCAAUGGGUGAGUAGUGGUCGCAUUGCCUGGGCAUUUGCCCGAGAUAACGGUGUCCCGUACUCGAAUUACUUUGCCAAAAUCGACAAAAGACUUGGUUUUCCAAUUCGCACGACCGUCGCCUCCUUCGUAUUUGUUCUACUCUAUGGACUUCUAUAUCUAGCCUCCACCAAUGCUUUCAACUCCAUCGUUACCUCGGCUGUACUUUUUCUCAACAUUACAUACGCGGUGCCGCAGGGAAUCCUUCUCUUCCAGGGCCGAGAGAAACAUCUUCCGCCCAGAUAUCUUAACCUGGGGUGGUUUGGGUAUGUGUGCAAUGCUUUCUCAAUCAUGUGGAUUGUGGUGCUGGGUGUGCUUGUCUGCAUGCCCCCAAGCCUGCCAGUCAGAACGGCCACGAUGAAUUACAUCAGUGUUGUGACGGUGGGACUGUUUAGCAUUAUUAUUGCACUCUGGUUCGCAGAUGGACGCAAAAAGUUUGAAGGGCCACAUAUCGAUUGGGAGCUCAUGAAGGAGGCCAACAUGCAAACGCUCAAGGGAGGGGACAAGGGCGCUGGUAUUUAGCACGAAGUACCUAUUUGGACAUGAUUGAGUUGGAUUACUGAAAGAACCAGGGGGUGUUUGUGUGGGGGCAAUGGAAUAGUGAGAUGAAUAGUUCGAUCCAAGAUUUCGUAGC